UAUAAAUACUGGUAGAAGACAUUGUCCAGGAAUGUGUGCAGCAGAACUCAGAAGCCAUUUUGGGAUGAUUUCCCUGUUGAGAAAGACUAUGAAGAUGCUGAAAUCAACGAACAUGGUUACAUUUCUGUCUGUUUCUCCCUCCGUCUCCUCUAUUUCACCAUGGCAGCUGUCAACCGACGGGACAUUAGCAAAGCGGGGUGUCAAGCUGUGCUCACAGCGUUAAAACGAUAUGAAAGAGGAGAGUGUCUGUUUACUGUCUCUCUGUCGAGACAUGUAACACCGUGAGUCUUUUCCAGUCUGAAAUCUUCCAGCAUCUCUCACAAACCAACGUCUCCUUGAGUUAAUUCACUUGUACCGGGGAGAAGGGAGGCAGGUCGGUUCUCCAAUGGCUUCUGUGAGCCUGGUUUCCAGUCCCCCAGCCCCUGUUCUUGACAAAAACAUGACAGACUCUGAGCUUGCAGGGGAAGAAAGGGAGGACGGUGAACUGGAAGAUGGAGAAAUAGACGACGAGGGAAUAGGAAUAGAUGAGGAGAACAAGGAGACCACAGAGGUGAAAGAGGAAAAAGAAAAGGAGAAAGAGAGAGACCGGGCUAAAGAGAAAGAGAAGCUGCACAGACACUCCAGAAAACGAUAUAAGAAGACCAGAGACAAGAAGAGGUCUAAGAAGAGGAGACACGACCGACCGAGACAUCAUUCCCCCUCCAGCAGCUCCAGCUCUGACAGCUACGACUCUGAUUAUGACAGACCAGAGCGACACAAGACCAGGAAGAGCAAGGGUGCGAGUCACGACCCGGACGGGCCGUCCUCUCAGGUGCGUCCAACUGCAGAAAGGACAUUUUCAUUCAGGCCUCGGAGGGCUUCCACCUCCUCCUCUUUCUGUUUCGAUCGACAGCAUCUGAAGGGAAGCCACGGCAACUUCGACAAGUACAGCGACUACAGCGACGACAAAUACGACUACGACGAGGAGGAAGAGGACUAUGACGACGACGCGUCCGAGUAUCAGCAGUCCAAAGAGUCGUCGGGUCAGGGGAGGGGGCGCCACGUUAAGGAGCAGAUGAGCAGAGGGAGCAUGAGAGGAAUGAAGCAGCAGCAGUUUGGACAGAGAGGAAGGGGAAGAGGAUGCGGACCGGGAAGAGGACGAGGAAUGAUCAACAAAAACAAAAAACUUAAAGGAAAGCCCUGGGGGGGCCGAGGACGUGGCCGAGGAUGCGACCAGGGGAUGGAAGACAUGGGAUGUGAUGGAAAGAACUCAUCGGGCUUCCAGAAGAAACGACCCAUCAUGAGCAAGGAGUUCAUCAAUCAGCACACGGUGGAGCAUAACGGGAGAUACAUCUGCAAGUACUUCCUGGAAGGUCGCUGCAUCAAGGGCGAGCAGUGCAAGUUUGAGCAUGAGCUUGUGGUUCCCGAUAAGAAGAAGGAACUUUGCAAAUUUUACCUGCAAGGAUACUGCAGCAAAGGAGAUCAUUGCAUUUACAUGCACAAUGAAUACCCCUGCAAGUUCUUUCACACUGGAGCCAAGUGCUACCAGGGGGACAACUGCAAAUUCUCCCAUGAUGCUUUGACGGAUGUCACUAAAGAACUGCUCGAUAAGAUCAUUAGUGCAGAAGAAGAGAACGCCCGUGAGGACGAGUUGGAGCUGGAGGAUCUAAGGAAGCAGGGCAUUGCUCCUCUUCCAAAGCCUCCCCCAGGGGUGGGGUUGCUGCCCACACCGGGUCAGAGCAGUCCUUCAGAUCCAGCCUCUGGAGCCGGGAGGAAGAUCCCGUCCCUGUUUGAAAUCAAGGUCCAGCCCACCGUAGACUUGGCUCACAAAAUUGCUCUGAGUGGUUCCAACCACCCCCAGAACCAGGGAGAUGGAACCAACCAGUUCAGUGGUGGUUCAGAAGACGCGGAGGCUGCAUCCUCAGUGCCUUCAGGUCCGCCUGCAUCACCAGGUCUCACGAGUCAUCCCACGGGGCCAUCCGUGCCGCAGAGCCCCACCGGUCAACACCCUCCACAUGGAUUUCCGAUGCCGGUCCAUUCUGGCCCACCUCCAUCUUUUCAUGGGUCUAACAUGGGCCCACAGAUGCAGAAUCCUCUCUUCCCUCCUGCAACAGAUCAACUGCAAAACCUCCUUCCUUUUCCUCCUUUGAGUCAGAACCCAGUCGACCUCCUGAGCAGCUUCCUCCAAAACCAGGCUGUCAGUCAACAAGGAGAUCCUAGUUUGGCCUUCAUGCAGCAAAUGGGUGCAGAGACACAGUUGCAGGCGUUACCAGCAGCAGUGCAGAAAGCCAUCUUUCUACAUCUGACACAGCAGCAGCAACAAGAGGCGCAGGAGGCGGAGACUCAGCGAGCAGACAGCCAGGAUGGAGACAACGACAGCAGAGCUGAAACUACAAACUGGUACUCAAGCGAUGAUGAAGAUGGGACAUCAGGCGUUUCCUCCAUCCUUAAGUCUCUCAAAAAGAAGAGCGAGAUGUCCCAGUCUCUGUCCAACCCCCUUCAAGUUGGCCCAGUGGCUCAAGCUUUGGGCAACCCUCGGCCUGCGAAGGACAGGGCUCCGCCUACUGACCCACGCGUGAAGUCCGACCUCAGACAGCGACUCCCCGAAUGCAGGAGGGAACCGGACGGAGCUGCAGACGCACGGCUUUCCAGAGAUCCCAGGAAAGUGAGGGCGAUGGAGAGCAGCUCUUGCCACCUGCAGAACCAGCCUGUUCCACAAAAAACGGUGGCAGGGGAGGAGGAUGAGGAUGGGGAAAGGAAGCUCAGGGAUAGAGCUGUUCUCAUCCCUCUGGAUGCGGGCCCUUGUGUGGUCCUGCAGGACCCUCGUUGCCAGUUGAAGCAGUUUAGCCACAUUCGGGUGGACAUCCUCCUGCAGAAGCCUGCCUUUGCCCAAACGGUGGUGUGGGCCCCCGAGGACCUCAUCCCCUCCCUCGUCCCGAAACAGGAGCACUCCAUCAACCUGCCCCUUCCACCCCUGAUUGCUGAUGCUCAGAUGAACAGAACCAGCCUUCCCACCCAUCCCCCGGUUUCCAGCCCGCCCCCGUCUGACCCCAGACUAGCAGCUACUCGUUUGAAGGAACGUUUGGGUCGCCUCCCCGCCGGAUCCUUCGAGUCCCGAGCCUCUACCGAAAGGCCGGCAGACCCACGGCAGCAAAAGUCUUUGGAUCCCAGACUCAAGCGGACAGGAAGCGUGGACUCCAAGCCGCUGGGGCAGAAAGAGUCGUCCUCUGGGGGAGGGCUUGUGGACCCCCGACUGCAGAAGGGCAGCCUCAGCUCCCCCCCUCAAACCGCCCAAGCCAAGUCCGAGCCCGAGAAGCUGCCGCCUUACGCUCCUCGGCUGGCAUCGUCGGGCGGGGGCCUGGAGAGCCCCACGACGAUCCUGGGGGGCAUCAGCUUGUACGACCCCCGUUCUCAAAGCAAACAUGCUCAGAAGGAGGCGUCAGAGCCCCCCAAAAAGGCGGGGAUUUUGAAACAGCCCGCCAAGAAGGACAACCCACCUUCACUCUCACCAACCCAGAGGAGCGGAUCGCUGGAGGAGGCGAAAACCACGGACGUCCCCUCACAUUGCACCCCACCCAGCUCCCCCACGCUGCCGCCCACCUCCCCCGUCAAGCCGCCUGCCGUUCAUAAUCUUCCCAUCUCUGCGCUGGCCGGACUGAUCCGACCGCAGUAUUCUGACCCGCGGCAGGCGAAACAAGGAGGACAGGGUUUGACCGGAGCACAGGAAGAGACGGAUGAUAAGAAGAAGCAGGAGGAAGAGGAGGAGAGGGUCAUAGAGGAAGAGCCAAAGCAGGAUAAUCUGGAGGACGAGGACGCAGACGACAGGACACUUAAGGAUGUGUUCAAAACCUUUGAUCCCACCGCGUCCCCCUUCUGUCAGUAAACAUUUAAAAAAAUAAGCUACAAAGUAUCUGUAAAUAGUUGAAUAAAAUGACUAUUAAUCUUUAUCUUAUCCUGAAUUUAUUUAUUUGUUGGAAUUACUCUAAAAACACAGAAAAGUGUGCUUUAGGAGUUGUUCUUUGGUUGUUUUGUUUGAAAAAAAACAUAAAUGUGGCAUUAUUUUAUAUUAUUUGAGUGCAAAUAUUACCACUUGUAAAAGAAAAGAGUAAUGUAAUCUUUAUCCUCAUUAUCAGUAUUUGAUAUUCACUUAUUUUACAUUUUAGGGUUCACAUAUUUAUCCUCAUUUGUUUUAUGCGGUAGGAGAAACAUGAAAACUGGCUUGUAUCUUUUCUUUUUUUGCCCACAUUUUAUAUCGUUUUUAAACUUUACAGCUGAGCUAGUUUGCUGAAAUAGAUACGUUUUUGUCAUCUUUAAAUAAGGACUUUAUGAAUUGUUUUUAAAGGAGGCUCUUUCAGCCACACAUCUCAGCAGCAAAGAGCUUCUGAGAACAACUUUGCCUGUAACAUAAGUGACUUUUGUUUGACUGGAAAUGAGCUAUUGCCUUUUUUUAUUGCUUUCAAAAGCCACACUGUAAAUGUUGAUUUUGUAUCCUGUGUACAGCGUGCUGUAGUGAGUGUUCUAACGUGUUUGGUGAUGCUUUUAUUUCAUGCCAUCUUUGUGGUUCAAUGUGGACUUUUUAGUGGAAAAAUGUUUGAAAGUCAAACCAUUUUCUUACACACAGCAGCUCUUUUUAGUGUACACGCACAAUAAAUCCUAUUCAUGACAGUUGCUUAUGUCUUUGUAAAGGCCUCUGUGACGUUGAAUGUCACGCCUCCUUAAAUAUUUAGUAAAGGGGCCAGGCUGGGUGCAGUGGGGCGCGGCAACGUCUUCCUCAACCCCAAAUCGUCCGUUUCCUGAUUGGAGUUCUGCUGGGCGCGGUGGAUCUCCAGGUUUCUCUUCCACUGGAAGCACAACGCUGUGGCCUCUGCCUCAUCAGAGUUUGGUUCUGGCUGCUUCAAACCCUGUUAAAAGUCAGGUUUUAGGGUAAACAUCCUGCGAUAAAUAAAAGAUUUUUGUCUUUUAGGUGUCCCCUUAAAAGACAGACGGUUUAGGGACUGACCAUUUGGACCAAAAUUCUAUUUAUGUAAAAAAAAAAAA